ACCGACGCGCGCCGGGGAGAUACUCGUACCAAUGCGACGCGACCUGGAGACCACUUGCAAUACUCGACGAAGUCCACGAAAGCUUGCGCCGACAGCAUUAUCCUUGGACGUGUGUCGAGACACGCUUGCAAACGACCAAAACCACUGCGCUCGUUCAGUGCCUCACCUUUUGCUGCAUCUACCAGCUCCACGAAUUAUUGCGCGCCCCGACCUCGAAUGCUCAACUACUUGCGCCGCACCCUAGAUUUCAAUUGCUGAGCUGAAAUACUAUUCCUCUCAGCAAUACCGUGCCUGCUGGAUGGUUCGCUCUCGGUAGCACGAGGUCAGACUUCUGCACAAUGGCGCAAACCAAGAACGUCAGACGUCGUUCUGGGCCUACGACACCCAGCAAAAGCCAGAGAACAACUCCUCGAGGAAGACCGAGAGGUCGGCCUCGCGCACAACCUGGCGAUCCAAUCCCCACAAGAAAACCGCACAGAUACCGUCCAGGAACGAUCGCCCUUCGAGAAAUUCGACGGUACCAGCAGUCUACAGAUCUCCUCAUACUCAAACUCCCUUUCGCUCGUCUAGUUCGAGAAAUUGCGCUCGAUGUUCUCCCUGCUCGCGCAGCGCAAGAUCUAAGAUGGCAAAGUCAGGCGAUCCAAGCUUUGCAAGAAGCUAGCGAAGCUUUUCUGGUUCAUCUGUUUGAAGACACGAAUCUGUGCGCCAUACAUGCGAAAAGAGUAACGAUUAUGCAGAAGGACAUCCAGCUGGCGAGAAGAAUAAGAGGCGCCUGGGGCGGGCUGGGUUGAUGUGUUGUUCCUCUUCUGCGAACUUCAUGAUAACUGUUACGCACGCAUUGCAACGGCGUUUGGGCGCAUGAGCGGUUCUACAGCACGGCUUUUGGUCUUGGUUGCCAGCCAUGAUAGGUCGCAUCCUCUGGGGCGAGGUAUUGUCAGAUGUUUGGACGCCGGCAUUGGGCUUUAUGUUAUUAUUGUAUAAGCGUACUUCUUUUGUCGGGGUAUCAGCCCAGUGCCCUGCCACCACCAAGCGAGUCGAGACAUUACAGCAGACAGAGGUCCAAUCCGAUCCGAAGAUCGCUUAUUUCACAAGACUAAAUCCAUGAUGAAUGUCAAAGGGAGAGAUGUCCUCCUCAGCCAUUGACACUCGACCCGAGCACUCCCUUCGUACUCGUCACGUCUCCGCUGCCGACAGUGCCU